AUGUUAACAACGCUAUUUGUAUCAUUAAUCGUAUCACUUAUUGUUACCAGUAUACGAGCAACAGCUUCAGUGUUCAAUAAUACAAUUCAAGAUCAACCGGAAGUAGAAUGUGGACAAGGUACUAUAGCAGUACGAGUGAGAACAGCAUCUCAGAUGCCAUCAUAUAUUUUUGCCAAAGGUCAUUUUCAUAAGGAUGGUUGUUACUUCAAGCAAACCGAUCAUGCAACAUUUCAUUUUGAGCAAUGUAACGUGAACAGAAAACGUGAAGUAAAUCCACGUGGAAUGGCUUAUUCAUUUACAGUUAUUGUACAACUUCAUCCGUUAUUUAUUACAAAAGUUGAUCGAGCAUAUAAUGUACGAUGUUUCUAUAUGGAAGAGAAUAAGGAAGUUGAUGCUGAAUUACAAGUUAGCGAUUUAACGACAUCAAUGCUUGAAUCAGGCCAUGCAAUGCCUCAAUGUUCCUAUACAUUGCAUCGAGAUUCUCCAAAUGGACCGGUAUUACGAUAUGGUCGAGUAGGUGACAUCGUAUUUCAUGUUUGGGAUUGUCCAUCAGAUGUUUAUGCGAUGCUUAUUCAUAGCUGUUAUAUUUUGGAUGGACAAGGUGGAGAACAUCAAGUUAUCAAUGAAAAUGGAUGUUCAACCGAUAAUUUCAUCAUUCAAGAAUUAAUAUAUUCUAAUGGACUCACUCAUAGUUUUGCGGGUGCAAGUGUUGUAAAUCUUCCAGAUCGGGAAUCAAUUUAUUUUAGCUGUCAAGUGAAAUUAUGUUUUAAGAAGGGAGAUUACUGUACUAAUGUGACGCCACCACGUUGUGACGAUCAAAUUCUCAUCACCACAGAUUCGAAAGAUGAAGAAGAACAACAUAUCGAAGAUGAAUUACAAAAUGAUCAACUUUUGUAUACAACCGUUGGUCCGUUUGCUAUAUCAAAUACUGUACGAAUUGUUCAGACUGCUGAGCCAGAUAUUAUCAUUCCUUCAACAUCCAGAAAUUCAUCUGAAUUUGAAGUUUCACCAUCUAUUUCAUCAUUUACCGAUCGUGUUACUGCAACCAUCAAACUAACUAAUGAAUCAAUCGCAAAAUCAUCACAAAUUUAUAUAAAUGAAAUUUCGAAGGACGAAAAAUUUUCAGUAAAUUAUAAACAACAAAACGAUGGUAACAUCGAAUUUACUAAUGAAAUAGAAGGUUCUGGCGAAAAUGAGAAUUUAUUAAGUGUAACAAAUGAUCAAAGCUUAACAACUGCUGAUAUUAUUCUCACUAAAACUGGAACUUCAAAUAAAUUCUCCGAAAUAACAGAAACAACAAUAGCAACAGCAACAACAACAACAGCAGCAGCAACAACAACAGCAACAACAACAGCAGCAGUAGCAGCAGCAACAACUACAACAACAACUACAACAACAACAAGAACAACAAUGACAACAUCAGCAGCAACAACAACAACUGGAAUAGAAAUUAUUGGAGAAUUGAAUUCAACAAGGGGUCGUCGGACAAUUCCUGAAAAUAAUUAUAAUAUCGUUGACUUGGAUGUAACAACAUCACAAUUGAAAAUUCUCGAAGAAGGAUUUGGUAAGUAUUGCUUCCUCCGGAAUAUCUUUCACUAA